AUGAUCUGGAACUACGCGACGCAGUCCCUCGUCAAGACGCUUGAAGUCUCGUCGCUGCCCGUGCGCAACGCCAAGUUUGUCGCCCGGAAGCAGUGGGUCGUCGCUAGUGCCGACGACAUGCAAGUGCGCGUGUUCAACUACAACACGAUGGAGAAAGUCACGACGUUCGAGGCCCACAGCGACUACAUUCGCCACAUUGAAGUGCACCCGACGCUGUCGUGCUUUCUCACGUGUGCCGACGACAUGACGAUCAAGUUGUGGGACUGGGACAAGCACUUUGCCUGCACGCAGGUGUUUGAAGGCCACGGCCACUACGUCAUGAUGGUCAAGUUCAACCCGAAAGACGCACACUCGUUCGCGAGCGCGUGCCUCGAUCGGACCGUGCGGGUCUGGGGCUUGGGCUCGAGUCACGCACACUUUUCGCUCGAUGGACACGAACGAGGCGUCAAUUGCGUCGCUUACUAUCCAGGUGGCGACAAGCCGUAUCUGCUGUCCGGUAGCGAUGACCGGACAGUGAAAGUGUGGGACUACCAGACGAAAGCUAUUGUCCACACGCUCGAUGGACAUGGCAACAACUUGACGUCAGUGAUGUACCACCCAAGGCUGCCGCUGAUCAUUUCGGCUUGUGAAGACGGUGCUGUGAGGAUGUGGCACUCGACGACGUACCGCGCCGAGACGACACUGAACUAUGGCAUGGAGCGCAGCUGGUCGCUUGCAGCGCUACCGUCGGCCAAUACGCUGGCGAUCGGCUACGACGAAGGCACGAUCGUGCUGAGAUUAGGACACGACACGCCUGUCGUGAGCAUGGACGCCGGUGGAAGUGGAAAGCUCAUUUGGACGAGCAACAACGACGUCCACACUGCUAGCGUGAAGGGCGUGGUGGCUGAGAUGGGUCUGCAAGACGGCGAAAAAUUGCCGCUCGUGUCGAGAGACUUGGGGAGCUGCGAAGUAUACCCGCAAAAGGUACAGCACAACAGCAAUGGCCGCUACGUGGUUGUCUGCGGCGACGGCGAGUACAUUAUCUACACGGCUCAGCAGUUGCGUAACAAGGCUUUCGGUGCUGCGCUGGACUUUAGCUGGUCGCCUACUGGCACAGGUGAUUACGUGAUACGUGAGAGCGUAUCGAAGCUCACGCUGUUUCGCAAUUUCAAGGAAGUGAAGAGUGAGAAGCCUCGCGUGCUGUCUGCGGAAGGCCUGUUCGGGGGCACUGGUGCCAUCGGCGUCAAAGGCAAUGACGCGGUUGCUAUGUUUGAUUGGGAAGAGCUACGGCUGAUUCGUAAGAUUGACGUGGUGGUCAAAAACAUGUUCUGGUCCGAAAACGGCAGUCUCGUCGUGCUUGCGUCCGAGUCGAGCUUCUUCGUGCUCCGAUACAACAAGGAAGUGGUAGCACAGGCUUUUGCUGCUGGCACGAAUACGCCCGAGGAAGGCGUUGACGGCGCGUUCGACCUGCUGCACGAAAUCUCUGAGAAAGUGGGCACAGGCACGUGGGUCGGAGAUUGCUUUUUGUACACCAACGCUGGCGGCAGACUCAAUUACUACGUUGGCGGUGAAGUCAUGACGCUUGCCCACCUCGAGCAAAAGAUGUACAUCCUCGGGUACCUCCCGCGGGAGAACUUGGUGUUUCUCAUGGACAAAAUGAAGAAUGUGGUGAGCUACACCGUUUCGCUGGUCAUGCUGGAGUAUCAGACUGCUGUGGUGCGUCGUGACUUUGAGAGUGCAAAUGCCAUUUUGCCAAAGAUUCCGGCCGAUCAGAUGGACUAUGUGGCUCGAUUCUUGGAGUCACAGGGCUUCAAAGAGGAGGCUUUGGCGCUAAGUACUGAUCCUGACCAGAAGUUUGACCUCGCCGUACAACUUGCAAAGCUCGACGUGGCCCGUGACAUCAUGCUGCAGGAGAUUGACAAGGUGAACGACGGCAAGGACGUGGAUAUCGAGACUCAGCACAAGUGGAAACAGCUGGGUGAUCUCGCUCUCAACGAUUGCCAACUGGCGCUUGCUGAGGAUUGUGCGCUUCGCGCCGACGACUUUAGCUUACUGCUGAUUUUGUACACAAGCCGCGGAGACAAGGACGGUCUCGUUCGUCUUGCUGGACUUGCUCGCGAGAAGCGCCGCUAUAACAUCGCGUUCAUUUGCUGGUUGUUGCUGGGUAAAACUACCGAUUGUGUUGAGGUGUUGAAGGAGACGAAGCGUUUCCCGGAAGCCGCCUUCUUUGCUCGCAGCUAUUGCCCAUCUAAGAUGCAGCUGGUAAUGGACAAGUGGCGUGAAGACCUAGCUGCAGUCAGCUCUCGUGCUGCCAAGGCACUGGCCGAUCCCACACGUAAUGCUGCUUUGUUUGAGAACUUGGAGCUUUCCAUGCAGGCUGAGGAGAUGCUUCUCGCUCAGAGCGGUGGCGAGGAGACUACGACUCCUGCAUCAUCAUACGCUGCAAAAAAGGAAUUGCUGGAGAGCGAGAACAUUCUUGAGUUGAUCUUGAGUGGCGGCGCUGCGGCGGCUUUUGCUGUACGUGCUAGCGAGACGUAUAUCGACAGUGGCACGUUUGGUGCAGAAGCAGAAGCUCUCGCACAAGCUGAAGCUACAGCGCGAGCUCAGGCUCAAUCUCUCGCAGAAGCAGAGGCAGCGGCGGCAGCUGACGUUGACGCGCAGGCAUAUGCGGCAGCACAAGCAGCCGCGGCUGCUGAACUAGCUCAGGCGCAAGCUGAGGCUCAAGCGUUGAUGGAAGCCGAGGCUCGAGCUCGCGCAGAGGAAGAGCGGCAGCUUUUCGAGGCUCAAGCCCGUGCUCAAGCUCGCGCAGAGGAAGAGCGGCAGCUUUUUGAGGCUCAAGCUCGUGCGGAGGAAGAAGAACGGCAGCGUGUCGAGGAGAGAGCCCGGGCAGAGGAAGAGUGGCGGCGUGCUGAGGCCGCAAAACGUGCUCAAGCCAUGCAGGAGGAAGCAGCUGCCGCCGCUGAAGAGCGAGCUAAAGCAGAGGCUGACCUACAAUGGCAACAGCAACAGUAUGGUGGCAUGAUGACGAGUAGCCUUGGCAGUGCCGAUGGAGGGUUGGAUCUUGCCCCGGGCUCCCAUGGGUCGGCGUAUAGCAGUCAGCAUACGUUACCAUCCUCCCAGCAUCUCGGCCAAGGUGCGACUACUACGUCAACGACAACAACAACAACGACGACGACGAUGACAGCUGGCACCACUGGCGAGCUGUUGGAUUUUGAGCUGGACAACGCCGACAUCCAGUUUGAGGACGACGACGACGACGACGCUGACUGGGGCGAAAUGUAG